AUGAACCCGCUGGUCCUGCUGGGCCUGCCCGCCUCCUCUACUCCUUUGCACUCAAAUCUCACCACUCCGGCUACGAAACCUCACGUCGAACCCCCCCCCCUCUUCCCGCCCGCCGCCAUGCCUGACAAGGUGUUGCUGGCCACGCUGGCCAUCAACAUCCUCUUCCUGGCCACCGGCGCGCUCGAGCUCGGCUUCUGCCUCGUCGUCCAGGGCCUGCUCGGCCAGGAGCCCGUCGACGGGCGCGAGGCCGUCCGGCACCUGCUCUACCGCGAGUUCCCGCUCGACGCCGGCAUCGCCAACGCCAGCAUCAUCCUGGCCACGUUCGUCUUCACCCUCGUCGGGCUCGCCUCCAAGGGCCGCUCCGUGCUCAAGCUCAGCGGCUACCUGAUUGCCUUUUGCGCCAUCUUCACGCUGUGCCUGGGCGUCGUGCUCUGGGUCAUGACGCUGCGCGUCAAGGAGACCUUUUACCCGACCUACCUGGACCAGGACCCGUCGGUGCAGUCGGCGAUUCAGACUUCGUUUGGAUGCUGCGGCUAUGUCAACGCCUCCACGCCGGCGUUUAUCACCGACUCGACGUGCCCGAGCCCCGCCGCUGCGGCACUGCUCCGAGGUUGUGCGACGUCCAUCUCGAGCUUUGCCAACAUUGCACUCGACGUCAUCUUCACUGCCCUCUUCGGUAUGGUUGGCGUCGAUGCCCUGUUCAUCCUGUCCAUUGCCGCGCUUCUCAAGGUCCGCAAAGAGCGCGAGCGGUACCGCCACAUUGACGACAAGUCCGGCUAUCAGCAAUUCUAG